CCCGCAUUGGCCCGGCGCAGGGAGGCGGGCCGGGGCCGGCCCGGCUGCUAAGCCGAUAGAGAGCGAGCAGCUGCCGCUGGAGCCGGACCGCGGCUCGCCCCGUCGCAGCAGCCAUGGGCUCCCUGCAGCAGCGCUUCCAGACCUUCCUCGACCAGCCCAACCUGCUCACCGACCUGCUGGGCCGGCUGGAGGCCAAGACCGGUGUCAAGCGCUACUAUCUGGCCACAGGUACCAUCACUUUCCUGGGGCUGUACCUCAUGUUCGGAUAUGGCGCCUCGCUGCUGUGCAACCUCAUUGGCUUUGUCUACCCAGCCUACGUUUCCAUCAAAGCCAUUGAAAGCACCGACAAGGACGAUGAUACCAUGUGGCUCACGUACUGGGUGGUAUAUGGAGUCUUCAGUGUGGCAGAGUUUUUUUCCGACACUUUCCUCUACUGGUUCCCGUUUUACUAUGCUGGAAAGUGCCUGUUCCUGGUCUGGUGCAUGGCGCCUGUCUCCUGGAAUGGCUCCCAGGUGUUGUACCAAAAAGUCAUCCGGCCCUUCUUCCUGAAGCACCACCGGAUAGUAGACAGCGUGAUCAGUGACCUGAGCGGCACGGCGCUCGACGCUGCUUCGACAGUCACCAGAGAAGUCCUCUCUACUCUGGCCGACAGCAGAGCCCGUCUGGUGUCCGAGGUGGCCACAGCCCAGCUUGUCUCAUCCAAAGCAGCAGUGAACCUUGGUCUAGAAUCUGACAAGACCAAGUGAGGACGGAACUCCAAGGGGCCAGCUGUUCUGAGUUUCCCACUGCAACUCCCUAAACCAAAGGCUUGAAGUAACCCACGGGCACCCGCCAGUAAACCGGUGAUCCUCUUCCCACUCUGAAACCGCGACAGCAAGCAACUGGCUCCAAGGUGUCUCAGAAGUGCAGCUUCCAGAUCUCCCCAAACCCCCAGAGCUCCAGCAGAUCUAAAAUUGCGGCCAGGCCCAUGCUGGGAGUCGGCACAGUGGGACCGUCUGAUCUCAAAUAGACACAAUUUGGUAGUUCCUGUUUUACAGGCAGCCUUUAUUCUGCAGGAAGGCUGUCGGCUCUGCACUAGAUAUCACAGGGGCUGCUGGUGCAUUUUCCCCCGUGGUGUUUUUGUGAUAUAGGGCACAGAUUGGAGUGGGGAGGGGGAGACAGUCCACUGGAGCUAACCUGAGACCUGCCCUUCUAGUAUUUUUGUGGCCUGACCGUAGGUGUUGACUCAUGAUGCAGUAUAACUCCCUCGGUGGGUGGAUUCUGCAGCAAUUGCCACCGGCUAUAAAGCCUUCAAGCCCCCAUCCUGUUCCCCCACUCCCAGGCCCCUGAGUCCUCCUAACACAGGAUCCUUUGCAAUAAACCACAGCACAAAAGGGAGAAGGAAGUGGGUUCUGUAGCCACUGGCUCUUCAGCUGUCAAUCCCACGGGUUCUUUUCCUGGCUCUGGCUUGUUCAGUUUUCACUUCAGCAGGCUGGGGUCCAGCGUCCCAGAGCAGGCGGCUCUUCACUUCCCCUCGCACACCCCAGCCUUGUGCUGCUUCUCUCUGAAGUCAGGGGCCAAGCUUCCCACUUUCAGUAGCCGUGGGCCUUCUGGGUAAACAGCCAAGCCGAGAGAGGUGCCGGGUGGCUGAAACAGAAGGAUGUUCGUGCCUGGCUUCAGCAGGAGGGAGUUCCAGACUAUUCACUCUUCUGCCAAUCCCUAGCAAUAGCGGCCACAAAGAAGUUGCUGCUCUGCUGUGUGAUUGUAAAACUAACCACAGCGGUGCCCUGUGGGGGCUGCAGGGAGCUGUACGGGGCAGCUGAGGUGGGGAAUUAACAUGCACAUGAAGCUGUUUCCUCCAGGGAGCUCCUCCUAUCCACAGAAACUUUCAGAUCUUUCAUCCUUUUGAAGGAGGAAAAAGGCAGCAUGACUUCUCCAAUGCUGACUCAUGGUUGGGUUGUUUUAACCCCUUCUAGCAGUUACAUAGCUGAUCAAAUGUCCACACCAGUUCAGAGUCUUCUCUCUACCUCUCCCCUAGCUGCCCGCAGGCUGGCAAGCAGCCUCUGCCCGAAUCCCAGCACUGACUGAAGCUCCAGGAAGGGGUCCCUAGGGAGUUUUUUGGACUUGCAGGAAUGCAAUAGGGGACGUUAGCACCAACCUGUGAGCAGCACGUGCUCCAUAGCCUGUGGACCUGGAGCUGGGCUUACAUCCUAAGCAGGCUGCUUUGGCAACCGUGUGUUCUGAUAGUCUGGUUAAGUGUUGGCUCUGCAGUUCACUUUCAGAACUGGACAAGGCCGAAUCUUCCAGUGGGGUGUGUGCUUGGGCAGGAUGCUUUCAGGGCAUGUUUGCUUUCCAGGCGGUUGGCCUCAGGCUUUUGCUAAUCUUAAUCCUGUUUGAGUGUGGAAAAACCUGAUCUUCGGCUGCCCCUCCACACUUCAGGAGCUGAACUCUAGCGUGUCUGUGUCUGCCUUCUGCUUGCAAUUCGCCAUCUCCCUCCUCUUUCAAAAAUCAAAUGUUAAUUUAUCUAAUUUACUUAAUCAGAUCCUGGCAGGGGCCAAUCUCAAGCUGUGAAUUCUGCAGGGAGCAACUGGCUUCCGUUUGUCCUCCAUGGUGACUCCAAGUUACAGCAGUUCAUGUACUGGCUGCUUUUUUAUUUUAAAAAGUUGCUCGUGAUUUUUUUCCCCUCUCAUUUGUAUCUGUUUAUUUUGUAUGAAACAGAA